CCAUGAGCGCAUCAGCUCUCUCACAUUCCCAACUCACGCAGGCCGCCGCUAGUGUCAAGAAGGUCUCAUCAUCUGUUGCCUGUCUGCGACAGCUCCUAAGCCGAGCGGAUCGAAUCAAUCGACAUGUCCAAGUCUGCGGUUAUUCAGGUUUGUAUCGGCUCAAGAUGCAGGCACAUCGAUGCACGCCACGAAGAGUCUUUCGUAUGCCUUGGUCGAGCGCUGGUCAUGCAACUGACAUGCGCAGCCCUUCAGCCCCGUCCUGAGCUCCUUGACGGAUUCAAACCCUCCUGCCGAACCAGCUAGACCAACCAGGCUGUCGCGGACAGCGUGGCCAAUAUACCCUGCAUGAUUGAUGCCUGAGGUCUCUUUUCCCGUAUGUGACAGGAGUGCCCAUCGCCGAGUCUCAGUUGAUCCGUCGUUCUGCGGAUCAAGAUGAAACCUUGCGGCGAAGACGUGUCAUGUCGCUGACGACAUUCUGUCUGUACUUAUAUCGCCGUUUGCAGCUGCGUCCCGUGGGCAACAUGCACUACACGAUAGCUCUCUUCGCGCUUUGGACGCUCAUUUCUGGAGCACUUGCCGACACGCGUACGGUCCUACUGAAGGAGGGCUGGGCAGUCUUGUCUUGUACGCAAGCUGGUGCUCUCGGACUGCUUCAGCCCUGCAGUCAUCAUACAGAUUUCUAUGCCACCGACGCUGGCACCCUGAAAGGCGGCCCCGAAAACGGCGAUCAGUUCUGCAUGGAUCCCGAGGGCAACGACAGCUCGGAGCCCAUAAAGGUCACUCCACUGACGUCUGGCGGUUCGUGUGACGGGAAGAAAGUCUCGAUUCGAGCUGGUCUUGCAAGCGACGCUGGAGAUCGUCAUCAUCAUUCCAGUGCGCACAGCAUCCAUUAGAGCAAGCGGCGCCAGUCACAGACGAGUCCAUUUGACUGUCAGAGCAGAUUGUGCUGAGCAGAGCAUGAUGUACAAAGGCACCGUUGCAUUGUUUGUAUACGAACCUCACAUCCGGCAAAUGAAUCGGACAACGCCACGAACGUGAACACGAUAGCUUAGCGAGGUUGGUAUAACGCGCGGGGCAGAAUCGGACGGCACACCCGAUGCGGAAUUCUCCAAGAGAUUGUCUUGGAAUUGAUGCACGCAGAAAGAAGUCAAAGCGGCGAGGAGUGUCUCGCGAUUACUGCAACUGAGUGUUUUCGCGCGAGUCGAUUUGAGGAGCUCAUAUCUCGCUGAGCGUUCCGCCC